AUGAGCGGCCAAGAAAGCAUAUCUAAUGGUAACUCUGACUCAUUCCUUAUGUCGUCUCCCAACUUAGACUCUCAGGAAUCUUCAGUAUCACCGAGUGACAUGAGUAGGAAUGUCAAAAAACAAAUUCCUUUAUCUUCAUCUUCAUCGAAAGGUUUCUCUCUCCCAAAGCAAGUACAAGAGCUGGUAGAAGGGGCUAAUAAAUAUGAUCCAAAGUACGGACUCUCUUUACCUCGAGGGUUCCUGAGAGAUAGAAAUUCUAAAGGAAAAGAAAAUGGGUUAAUUCCCCUUGUCGAGAAGGUUAUACCCCCCAUGCAUAAAAGAGUCAGCAAGAGGAAAAACGCAAGGAAAAAAUUGUCUACAACUUUGAAGAAUGAUGUAAAGAAACCAAGACCAACAAAGGAAGAGGAAAGGAAAAACGAUGGACCAAAAACCAAUGAUAAACAUAUAGUGACUUCGAAACAAGAUAUGGACACUACCCAGGGGAAGAAAUUUGGCAACAAAGGCAAGCAAAGAAGGGAAAAUGAAGAGAAGAACAUUUCUUCAACAUUUGUAGAUUGGAGUGGCCCAUAUUUACACUUAAAAUAUCCACUGUUCGAUAUAGAGUACUUAAGAUCACAUGAGAGUUAUUCCGGGGUCCCGAUACAAUCCAUCACCUUGAAAACAAAUUCUCCACAACCCACAAGUCUACUUUCUGAAAAUGAAAGCUCCUCGGCAACAACCGUCAAGCUGCAAAGCAUUCUAUUUGCUAAUUAUAUGGAAGAGUACAAGAUUGAUUUUGGCAAAACAUCCGUCAUUUAUGAUCCAAUGAGUGAAAUUGGUAAGCUUAUUGAAUACGGCUGCCUAAUAUUCUUACCUCCACCAUAUGCCAAAAAACUGAAGAAAACGAUACUGUCAAAUUUGAACGCAUCGUUUGACAAUUCAGACACGGAAGGUUUUGUGAGUGCAAUAAAUUCUUACAAUGCAAUGAUUCGUCAAAUACCUAGGUCGAAGAUAAUUAACCACUUAGCCACAGUUGACAAAAUUCCCCGCUCAUUCAUCCACGAUUUCUUGCAUAUCGUGUAUACCAGAAGUAUACAUCCACAGGCUCAUAAACUAAGGCACUACAAAGCGUUUAGUAAUUACGUUUAUGGGGAGCUUUUACCAAAUUUCUUAUCUGAUGUAUACCAGCAAUGUGGGUUGAAAAAAGGUACCAUUUUCAUGGAUCUUGGCUCAGGAGUAGGAAAUUGCGUAGUACAAGCUGCGUUGGAGUACGGAUGUGAAUUAAGUUUUGGGUGCGAGAUCAUGGAGGAUGCUAGCGAUUUAACAUUACUACAAUACCAGGAGCUAAUGAAGAGGUGUAAAUUAUUUGGGAUGCGUUUAAACAAUGUGGAGUUUUCACUGAAGAGAAGUUUUGUAGAUAACGAACGUGUUAGUGAACUAAUUCCUCAGUGCGAUGUUAUUCUCGUGAAUAAUUUUUUAUUUGAUGAAAAAUUGAACAAAAGAGUCGAGAAAAUACUACAAACAGCAAAAGUUGGGUGUAAGGUUAUAAGUUUGAAAAACCUAAGAAGUUUGACUUACCAGAUCGAUUUUUACCACGUUGAAAAUAUUUUCAAUAGGUUAAAAGUCGAAAGGUAUGAUCUGAAAGAAGAUAGUGUUUCAUGGACCCAUAGUGGCGGAGAGUAUUAUAUAUCCACGGUGAUGGCGGACGUCGACGAAAGUUUAUUUAGCCCCGCUGCCAGAGGUAGGAGGAACAGAGGAACACCGGUAAAGUAUACUAGGUGA